CUUGAGCCCAUGCAUGACCACUGAUGUUACGUGACGACCGGUCGGAUGCCUGGCAAAUUGUAACUUAACUUAUUAUUCCAUACAUAGGGAAGUUGCACCUCAACGUUCAACAUUCAACCCUGCAGGCCUGAGGGUCGUCGAUAAAGGUCUCUGGAGAGUGUCGCGCACACUCAUUCUAUUCCCAUGAAUAGUCAUUACACCCCUGCUCAGGCUGCUCAAAUUGCACUGCCGCUGGCACCUCGAGGAGUAAAUAAUGUCUUUAUCGUCCUUGUGACGAGUGUGCUGUACGAUUUCAUGACUAACCUAGGCGAUGAGCUUGACUACCUCUUGGGUUCUCGAAUGACACUGGCAAAAGGGCUAUUUCUUGGAUGUCGUUACACAACCUUCGCAAUAUGCGCCAUACACGCUCGAAUGGUCCUCUCACCGAGUGUUGAGGGUUGCCCGGGGCUUACUGAAAGUAACAUAUUGCUCCUUGGGAUUGUUCUACUAUGCGCGGAAUGUAUCUUUGUCCUACGAACAUAUGCGUUGUGGAACUGUGAUCGACGUGUUCGAAUAGCGUUGUUGAUAUUGUAUUUGGCUCUUUUCUGUGCUACGAUAAUACUAGUACUAGGAUGCGGGCUACAAUUGAAGAAUACUAAAUUCACAACAGGUUGUUACUCCGAUAGUUCGAUACCGACCAAUUUGAUUCUUGCACCCUAUAUCCUUUUGUUACUCCUUGAAAUUGAGGUUGUUGGUCUCACCUUUUACAGAAUGAUCAGAUACUACCGUACUACACGUUGCCGGCUUUUAACAUUGAUGGCACAAUACAACGUAGGCUAUAUCCUUGCUGGGCUAUUAUCCACCAUAAUCAAUAUCGUUGCAAUCUGCUUUGUGCCGGGCGAUUAUGCCCCAGUGCUUGAAGCGUUACAGAUCGUGGCACAGGCUCUUCUUGCAACUCGAAUGCAACUUGACCUAUGGAAGCUUAAUCGCCACUCACCGUCAGUGGCCCCUACAUCGUACUCGACCGAGUACUCACAAACGGAUCUGGAAUUUGAGUUGUCACAAAGAGCAUCCACCAUACCCAGUGGCACUGUACCAGUAAUCUGCGAUGUACAUGUUCCUACCUCUGGCUAAACCACAGUGGGUUCAUGGUACUGAGGGAAAUGCGCAAAGUGGCGUCCAUGAGCCCUGUUUGAUCACACAAAGCGGCAGAGUUAGUUCUUCCAGUUCUGUCCGAAGUUGAUUGGACCCUUGUGACAUCGCAUAAACUGACUUCCGUAGCUCAGGAGUAGCGGGAAAGCCACAAGCAAGGAGAAAUGACAUCAGAAUUACACCCCAUAGUCCUUCUAGAUAAUCCGUUCGA